AUGUCUUUGUCGCGACUGGUUCCGAGCAAGGGUACACGAGUGCUCAUUAUUCCCAUCCAAAGCCGAACUGCCGCACAUGCUGCUCCCGCUGCCGCUGCCGUGAAGACCGGAGAUGAAGAGCCAAGCUUCUUCCAGAAAAUCGCCCUGCGCUUUCAGGGAAUUCCAUUGAAGGGUGAAGCUCAACGACCAAAGACUAUGUUUGAUGACCUCGACAAGGAGUUCGUCCCACCAGAGCCCCUUCCAGCCCUGCCAAAGGACUUCAAAGAAGGCCCCGAACGCGACUUGGCCAACUUCCCGUAUCCAGCUCGUUCGAUGUACCCACCAAAGACGCGUCUUUUGAUGGUUCCCGAUUCAUGGUGCACUCCAUUCCAUAAGAUCACUGGAACUUCUGGCCCAUAUCUUUUCUACGGAGGACUCUUCGCUUUCCUCGUCAACAAGGAACUAUGGGUGUUUGAGGAGCAAGGACACAUGCUUGUCGGAUGGCUCAUCUUCUACUUGCUCGUCUCAAGAGCUGUUGGACACAAGCUUGACGCGUCUCUCUACAAGGGCUACACAGAGAGAAUGAACUACUUCAAGGGACUCAUCCAGGAAGAUCUCAAGGAUGCUGUUGAGUUCCGCAAGACAUCGGCCGCUGAAACCGAAUCGUUGGCCACGGUGAAGGAAGCUUUUCCAACGAUCCUGAAGGAAAACAUGCAACUCCAACUCGAGGCUGCCUACAGAAAGAACGUGUCAAAUGUGUCCAACGAAUUGCAGCGCCGCAUUAACUUCUUGAAGGAGACUGAAGAGGCCAAGACACGUUUCGAACGGGACAUCAUGUUGAAGUGGAUCGUUAAUGGAGUUGAGAAGCAAACGCAAGAUUCUAAGGACUUUCGGCUAAAAUCUAAAGCUCGAAGCUCUGUCCAUCAAUCGUUGUUGUGGCCUUUU